CUUGGGCCAACAACAUUUUCUGUAGCGCCCACGUCUUCCUCCAGCUCCCCCCAUCCACCCCUCACUCGCUCCUGCAACAGCUGCCUCUGCGACUUUUCUCUCCUGCCUUCCUGUCUCUCUACGCAAGGCAAUUCUGCAGCAGUUUUUGCUUCCCGAUAGACUUCCCUUUACUUGCCAUCUCCCUCCAUCGCCGCUCUCGUCCCAACAAAAAUGGCUGCCGCCAAUUCUUUCGACCACCUCACCAACCGCAUGAAGCUGGAAUGGUUUUCCCAGCUUCAUACCGAGAUGGUCCCGGACAGGAACUAUCGUCGUACCUCCAUCAUUUGCACCAUUGGUCCCAAGACUAAUUCGGUCGAGAAGAUUAACAUGCUCCGCAGAGCUGGUCUCAAUGUCGUUCGCAUGAACUUCUCUCACGGCUCAUACGAGUACCACCAAUCCGUUAUCGAUAACGCCCGAGAGGCCGAGCGCGUCCAGGCGGGUCGCCCUGUUGCCAUUGCCCUUGACACCAAAGGGCCCGAGAUUCGUACCGGAAACACUAUCGAUGACAAGGACUUUCCUAUCGCUGCUGGAACCGAGUUCAAUGUCACCACCGAUGACAAAUAUGCCACUGCUAGCGAUGACAAGAACAUGUAUCUUGAUUACAAGAACAUCACCAACGUGAUCCAACCUGGCAAGCUCAUCUAUGUCGACGAUGGUAUUCUCUCUCUCGAAGUCAUCAAGGUUGUUGACGACAAGACGGUCCGCGUCAAGUGCCUUAACAACGGCAACAUCUCCUCCCGUAAAGGUGUCAACCUUCCCGGUACCGAUGUAGACCUUCCCGCUCUAUCUGAUAAGGAUAAGAACGACUUGCGAUUUGGUGUUAAGAAUAAGGUCGACAUGGUUUUCGCUUCAUUUAUCCGCCGCGGUGAAGAUAUUAAGGAGAUCCGUAAAAUCAUGGGUGAAGAGGGCAAGGAGAUUCAAAUCAUUGCCAAGAUCGAGAACCAGCAGGGUGUCAACAACUUUGAUGAGAUUCUAGAAGAAACUGAUGGUGUCAUGGUUGCUCGUGGUGAUCUCGGUAUCGAGAUUCCUGCUCCCAAGGUCUUCCUUGCUCAGAAGAUGAUGAUUUCCAAGUGUAACUUGAAGGGCAAGCCUGUCAUCUGUGCCACUCAGAUGUUGGAGUCCAUGACAUACAACCCUCGUCCCACCCGUGCGGAGGUUUCUGACGUAGCUAACGCGGUUCUUGACGGCGCUGACUGUGUCAUGUUGUCUGGUGAGACUGCCAAGGGUAACUACCCUUCGGAGGCUGUCUCCAUGAUGCACGAGACAUGCCUGAUCGCUGAAGUUUCGAUCCCUCACUUCAGCAUCUUCGACGAGUUGCGCACCCUUUGCCCUCGUCCUGCUGACACUGUCGAGGCUAUUACCAUGUCUGCGGUCAGUGCUAGUCUGGAAUUGAACGCUGGUGCCAUUGUUGUCUUGACCACAAGCGGUAAAUCCGCCCGUCUGGUCGCCAAGUAUCGCCCCGUCUGCCCUAUUAUCAUGAUCACUCGUAACGAGUCUGCUUCCCGAUACUCUCAUCUGUACCGAGGCGUCUACCCCUUCUACUUCCCAGAACAGAAGCCCGAUUUCAAUGUCAAGAUCUGGCAGGAGGAUGUCGACCGCCGCCUGAAGUGGGGUAUCUCCAACGGUAUCAAGCUCGGCAUCAUCAAGAAGGGCCAGAGCGUUGUCUGUGUCCAGGGCUGGCGCGGAGGUAUGGGCCACACCAACACCAUCCGUGUGGUUCCCGCCGAGGACAACUUGGGUCUCGAGCAGUAAAUAAUUUCAAGCCAAGCGUAAUCAAGCUAGAAAACCGACCGAUUCGACUUGGAAAAGCGGUUAUAAGAUCAAGUAGUCCGGGGUGUGAACCCUACAUGGGUUUGCAUGCAAGUUGGGAAUCCAUCAGGUCCUCACAGACAGGAAAAUGUCUGUCCAUUAGACAUUUAAUAACAACACCCAAAGGAAAAAGCCGGUCGCUCUGCUGGAUCAUUCUUGUCCAUUGUUAGAAGACUAGUCAUUUUUCUUCUUUCCAGUUUCGAGCUUUUCAUCCUGUAUCUGAGAGCAUGAGCAUGACUAUCAUUGCAAGUUUCACAUCCUAAUGUUAGAUUGUACUUUGAAAUGAAAUCAAUUCCUCCUUUCAUUCAUCAGGAAA